CUGGCAAGUGCCUGGGAACACAGUAUCAGGAAAAAGUGCAUCAGCGCCUCCGCUCAGGAGGGAGCAUUUAUUGAGCUCUAGCUGUGCCCUGGGGUCCUUAUCAGGUCCCACAUGUCUAAUUUAUUUAACUGCCCAAGCUUGCGGGGGGGGGGGGUGAAGGAGGGUCUACUCGGAUGAGGUUCCUUGAUGGUCCCUGGCCCAGAACCUCCAGCCCUGGCUACGCCAAGGAAGUGGGAGGCUGUCGGUCGGAGAAGGACCACGCAAGUGUCUGACCCGCGGUGCCCAGCACCUGCCCUAAUGGGUGCGUUGUCUUCCUGGGCAGGGUGCUGGCUCCUCCCGCGGUAGCCACGCCCGCAGCAGUCUAGGUCCCUUUAAGAGACGCCGGCCGGCUUUCCUGCUGCCUCCGCCAUGGCCGCGCUGCAGCUGGAGGACAAGCUGACCUGCGCCAUCUGCCUGGGGCUCUACCGGGACCCGGCGACUCUGCCCUGCGGCCACAACUUCUGUAGGGCCUGCAUCCAGGACUGUUGGCGCCGCUGUCAGAAAGAGUGCCCCGAGUGCCGCCAGCCCUUCCCCGAUGGCGCGGAGCUGUGCCGCAACGUGGCGCUCAGCGACCUGCUGGAGUUGCUGCGCCCCGGCGUCGGCGCGGACCCCCGUGCGGACCCCGGCGCUAGGGCGCGCUGCCCGCGCCACGGACGUCCGCUCGAGCUCUUCUGCCGCACCGAGGGCCGCUGCGUGUGCAGCGCCUGCACCGUGCUGGACUGUGACCUCCACGAGCGGGCGCUGCUGGACGCUGAGCGCCGCGAGCGCGAGGCCCAGCUGAGAGCCAAGCUGGAGAUCACCCAGCAGCAGGCCACUCAGGCCAAGACCCAGCUCCAGGAGCUGCAGCAACAAAGCAGCCAGAUCCAGAACUCAGCCUGCAAUCUGAUCUCGGUGGUCUCUGGCAAGUUCAGCUGCCUGCUGCAGGCCCUGGAGAUACGGAGGGCUGUGGCACUGAGAGGCAUCGAGACUGCCAAGACACAGGCACUGACACAGGCCCAGGAUGAGGAGCGGCGGCUGCACAGCCACCUGGAGGCCCUGGCUCAAUAUGGCCGCAGGGUACAGGGUCUCCUGGAGCAAGUGGAUGACCAGACCUUCUUGCAGGAGUCRCAGCAGCUCUUUGAGCCCCCAGAACCCCUUGGGCCGCUGACCCCUCCACAGUGGGAUGAAGACCAGCAGCUGGGUGACCUAAAGGAGUUGCUGAGCCUGCUUUGUGGCCUUCUCCUGGAAGAGGGGCACCCCUCCAGAGUGCCAGCCAAGGCUGCUGACUCGGGCCCUGUGGAGGCCCCGCGUCCCCUGGCACAGGUCCCAAGCACACGCAUGCUGUGUCCGCUGAGGAGAGAACUCUGGCAGAAUUAUCGCAAUCUCACCUUUGACCCAGAUAGUGCCAAUCGCUACUUCCUCCUGUCCCACCAGAACCAGCAGGUGAAGCACCAUCGCCAGCCCCAGGGCCCAGCCCGGCCAGGGAACUUUGAGCUCUGGCAGGUGCAGUGUUCCCAGAGCUUCCAGGCUGGACGGCACUACUGGGAGGUGCGUACUUCUGGCCACUCAGUGACCCUGGGCGUCGCCUACCCAGAACUGAUGCGACGCAAGCAGGGAACCCACACAGACAACAUCGGCCGUGGACCCUCGUCCUGGGGCCUCUGUGUACAGGAAGACAGCGUCCAGGCCUGGCACAAGGGAGAGGUCCAGCGCCUCCCCAGCUUGUCUGGGCGGCUGGUGGGCAUGGAUUUGGACCUGACCUCAGGCUGCCUUGCUUUCUACAGCCUGGAGCCGCAGACUAAGCUCCUGCACACCUUCCAUGCCCUCUUCAACCAGCCCCUUUGCCCCGUUUUCUGGCUCCUGGAGGGGAGGACCCUCACCCUGUGCCAUCAGCCUGGAGCCGAGCUCCCUCCAGGGUCCCAGGAAAAGAGCUCAGGUCUCAGCUGAGGAAGGCACAGGAUGGAACUCUUGGCUAUGGACAGGUACCUCUGUGCCUCAUAUGCCCAGGUGCAGGCCAGCCUCUGACCUGGGGACCUGAGGCCAGAGUCUAAAACAACAAGGCGUUGGCCUCUGUUGAGUCAGAGGGAGGCAAUGGGGAGCCCCAACUGAGUUUCCUUUUCUAGCUACUUUGAAGGGAACAGGGGCCAGAAGGGGGUGAAAUAGGAGACCCUAUCCCCGAGCAGAAGCUAGUUCUUAGCAUUACCUGGGCCUCGCACACUAGAGCAGCGCCCGUGUAGCCUUCCAGGAGAGCAUGUGGGACCAAACAAGAUCUCUCAGCCCUAGUUUACCCGCCAGGAGACCAUCAGAUGGAAGGAUCGGUCAGCACGUGGGCAAGUGAGCCACAAAUGACUCCAAGAAACAUUCUAAUGGCUCAAAUUUAUUUUCCCAUUACUGAACAUUUAAAUUGUUUUAUUUUUGGCUAUAAAAGUAUUGCAGAUGAAUACUUUUAGCAGGAAUUUUUGGCCAUAUUUAUGGUUAGGCUAAAUUCCUAAAGUAGACUUAUUUGUCAUUAACACAGUGAGCAUUCAUUCACUUAUUUAUUUAUUUUUUGUU